GCAAUACCUCAAGCAAAUUCAUAGAAGUCUGUGAGAGAUCUGCAAAGAGCCAGCAAGAUGUGGCUGAUGGUUUUCUUUUGUGCAUGUUUUCUAAAUGUUUCAUCAGCUUGUGAUUUUGGUCCGUCAUCCCCCCUUGAGACUGGCAUUGUUUGCAGGGUGACAAAGCCGGCUGCCCUGGUGUUAAAUGAGCAGACUGCACAAGUGAUCCAAGCAGCCUUCACACAUGCAUCUUAUCCAGACAUCAAUGGAGAGAAGUCCAUCAGGUUUUUCGGAAAAGUGACCUAUGGUUUGACUAACAUCCAGAUAAGCAAUUUGACUAUUGGAAGUAGUGAAGUGGAACUAAAGGAAGAUGAUGCCGUGUAUAUCACGAUCAAGAACGUGAGUGCAUCCUUCAGCGGGACUCUGAACUAUGGCUAUGGAUCCUGGUUUGUGAAAGGUGGACACGCCAUUGACUUUGACAUUUUUUCCAACACUGAUUUACAAGUGAACACGAAACUAACUUGUGGUAACAACCGUGUUGCAGCAGACACAUCAGAGUGCUACCUGACAUUUCACAAACUUGUAUUGCACCUCUAUGGAGACAAACAGCCUGGCUGGUUAAAGCAGCUCUUUACAGAUUUUAUUUCAUUCACUUUGAAACUUGUUCUUAAAAGUCAGAUUUGUAAAGAAAUUAAUUACGUGGCCAAUUUGCUUGCAGAUUUCAUCCAGGACAAAGCAGAAGACUUCCUGAAAGAUGGUGACAUUGGGGUGGAUAUUUCUAUUACAUCCUUUCCUGUUAUUAAAGCGGGUUACAUGGAGUCACAUCACAAGGGUGUCCUCCUGUACAAGAAACCCUUUGACAUAUCAAACAGCUCACUGUUCUCACCUUCCCUUUUAUCUGAAAACAGAAUGCUAUACUUUUGGUUCUCUGAACAUGUGCUCAAUUCUAUGGCACAGGCUGCAUUUUUUGAUGGUCGUUUAGAGUUGAAACUCACAGGAUCAGAACUUAAGGAUAUUUUGAAAGAUGAUGAUACAGAAUCCAACAAAACAGACCAAAAGAUCUUCAAAGGAGUUUCGCUGAGUAACUCUGUAACACAAAUAUGGAGUCUUAUCCCACCAGAAAUCAGAAUCACCCCUGAAGGGACACUUGUGACAUCAUCAGUGGCUGUCCAACUCAAUUCUACCAAUGACACAGAAUCGUCAGUUGUGGGCUUAUACUUUGAAACAGAUGUUACUGCCACAGUCAAGGCCUCAUAUGCAGAUAAGAAGCUGUUAUUGCACCUUUCUGAUUCUAUAGUUCAAAUCAAGACUUGUACAAGUUCCUUGCAAACAUCUGUGACGGAAGAAGCAAUCAAAGAGUUUCUCCAUAAAACAAUAUCUCUGUAUGGAAUUACUGCUGUGAUGAAGCGUAUGGAACCAGCUUUGACAUCAUUGAUGAACAGUAAAGGACUUCAUUUGUUUGACAUUAUAAAUCCUGAAAUAAUUCCUCAUAAGGGUUAUUUAAUCGUGCAACUGGAUUUCGGAUUUCCUCAUCACCUUCUGGUGGAUUUCUUAAAGAGAUCUCUGUAAAGCCCUAUUAUUGUUUUCAGUAGCCAAUAAAGGUAAUCAAAUAAAUAAUCAGUCCUGG